AUGAAUACGAUCCGAUCAACCUGGAUAGGCUGGGGUGCGCUGUGCGUUGCCGGCGGCGGUGCCUACUACUUUGCUAAGAAAUCCAUCAAUGCCGAUCGUGCCACGAGAUAUGAAGCCGAAAUCAAACGCAAGGCCCAAUUAGCCUCCAUGGAAGCGGAACACCGACGCCAGGAAGCCGCAAAAUUAGCAUCCAAGGCUGCGCCCCCAACGGAAGACCCCAGCUUAAAGCGAGCGAAUAUGGCCCGGUUCCAAAGUGCGGCUGAUGAUGUUGCCUCACCUAGUAUUGAAGCAAGUCACGAUCCAGCUCCGACUGGUCAUGAACCUGAUACCGAGGCGGAUCGAGUGCUGGAAAAGGGGAAGUAUGAGGCUGCUCAGCCGUUCCGACCUCCAAGAGGAAACCGAUUCAGUUAA